AUUUCCUUUAUAUCCAAAAGGAGGAGAGAAGCUUCAGUUUGAAUAUGGAGUGUAUCUUCUCAACAAAAAUAUAGCACAGCUUAGAUAUCAACAUGGGCUGAGUACUCCAGAUCUACGGCAAACUCUUCCUAACCUGAAAAACUUCAUGGAGCUCGGGCUAAUGGUUAGAUGUGAUCGACACCAUACAUCCAACGCGAUUCCCGUUCCAAAGAGACAGAGCUCUAGCUUCGGCAGGUUGGAUAUUGGCUUUUCCAGUGGGCUUCCUUCUCCAGAUAAAGGACUCCGAAAACGAGCCAGCACGGGGAACGAGAGACUGCAGCACAAAACUCCUCCUCCUAGCUACAGCUCGGCUUUAACACAACCUGUUGCCAUCACAACCCGUGUAGGAGAGUUAGAUAAAAAACCUGGAUCGAUAUCUUCUUCCUUGGAUACCUCUAUGGACUCCUCGAAAGGAAAUACCAAGAAAGGUGAGAACUUAUGCAGCAGUUUAAAUGGAGAAAAUGGGAGCUUAAACAACACCCAAGACCAGCAGGAGUCUUUCCUAGGACCUACUAGUGCAAUAAAUGGGGCUUUCCUGCCUGGUGAGUGCUCUGGCACCACAAGCAACGAGCAGCCCUGUGAGUUCCGCCCCACGCUCAACCCCGUCCUUUGCUGCACCGUGGAGCAAGCAGAGGAGAUCAUGGGGAUGGAAGCGACGGGGUUCAGCUCGGGAGAUCAGCUGGAAGACUUUAACUCCAUCCCAGUGGAACACGCCGUGGCGGUGGAAUGUGAUGAACAAGUCCUAGGGGAGUUUGAGGAGUUCUCUCGAAGGAUCUAUGCACUGAACGAGAACGUGUCCAGCUUCCGCAGGCCGCGGAAGAGUUCGGACAAGUGAGCUGGGACCAGGGGGUUGAUAGCAGACAUUGAGGUGAAAUCAGUGAUCUGGGAAUAGAAGUAAAAUUGCACUUAUUCUUUAUAUUAAUUAUAUAAAAAAGAAAAAUAAAAACAGCUAAAGCUAUUUCCUAUGGUGGUAGACAAAUGGACUUGAGCACGGUAACACAGGAUCAUGGUAUAUUCACAGCCCAGGUACAUUUUGAUUCUGCUUCCAGUCCUCUUAUAUGGUAUUUAUAAUCUGUUGGAAGGUUGGGGGUUUUUUUAGGCAUUGGAAUCCAUUUAUAAAGGCUUUCCUG